GUGCCACCCACUUUCAUAUUGUUAUUUAUCUAGAUAGAACAAUAGCUGGCUUCAGAAGAACUGAACAAAAUAUGCGUCAUCUUCAAACUUCAUCUGAGAAUUUUCUAUAUCACAACAAAGUUGAAUGAGCAGACAGAGUUUGGGUGUGGUGGUGGGAAACCUCAUAGGAGAGAGCUGCUGAUUCCAGCUGCCUCCCUCAAACCUUGGCACUGCAGCUGCAACAUCUACUAUCAUUGCUUGUAAAAAAACAACUGGUGCAAUCGAAGCACUGCAUAAAGGAGCAUGGAGAAAUUCAGAAGUAUUUUUCUUUUGUGCCUUGGCUUCCUUCUAGUCCAUGUAAGAGGUCAACGUGAUUUUGAUUUAGCUGAUGCCCUUGAUCACCCUGAUGACAUAAUUACCAGAAAGCCUACGGUGAUCAGAAGACCGACAAGACCUGUGUUCAACAAUGAUCUGAAUUUGGGAGAUGCUCUUGGUGGGGGUGACAUCUCAAGAAAACCUUUAUACCCACCUCUUCCACCACGCCCAGGAACUUACGGUAAUUCUGGAGGUUUUGAUGACUCAGAUCUCCUUGAUGGAAAGCCUUUACCACCAGGAGAAGAGGAGCAUCAUUUCAAUCAUGGAGGGAACACAGAUUCGGGUCUAAUAGCUGGAGUUACAUCUCCUGUAAUUUCUGCUUUUGUAAUACUGGUUGUUGGAUCAAUAGCAGCCUACAGCGCCUACAAGAAUAAGAAACUUUGUUUCAAACCACGUGGUGGGGCUACAGUGUAAACCACUGCAAGAAGAGUUGCUGUCUGAUCACAGGCUCCUUUGGUUGGUGACAUUCUACAUUGCCAUUCCGACAGAAGAAAAUCUUCCUCUAAUGACCGUUUUCUGGAGACAUUGCAGUCCUGCUCUCUCUAACCUGAUGUCACUUUUACACCUUGAGUUUUAUGUCAUCAAAGAUAUGCUUAAAACAUCCAGGGAUUGUAUUGAACUUUCUGACCUGCAUUCAUAAGGGCUGGAUACAGAUUUUGACUCAGAACUUAUCUUAAGUACAAAGAAAUCAAGUUUGAUUUAAGCUAAAAAUUGAAAGAUUUGGGUUUGUGAGGAUUUGAGUCACCAAAUAAUUUUUUUUUCUGUUUUCAAAAUUAGCCAAAAAACUUAAUUCUUCUGAUAGAAUUGGGAUAAGGACUUUGCUAUUUUCUUUCACGCUUGUUGGGUUUCUCCAGUAUAUUUCUGUAAUGUUUACUAUGUUUAAAGAAAAAUUGUAGUUGUCAAAAGGAUUAAAAAUUUGAAUGCAUUUACUUUGUAUUUAUGUCUAAACACUGGCAAAGUGAAAGGAAUUGUAGCUAGAAAAUUCCUUCUUAAUUUUAUAAUAAAAAAUA